CAGGCGACAAAUGGCGAUCGCGGCGCAAGGCGCUGACGCCAGCGUUCCACUUCCGCAUCCUGGAGCAGUUCGCGCCCGUCUUCCUCAGCUGCGGGGACGAGUUCGUGCGGCAGCUGCGGAAGCGCGCGGGCGGCGACACCUUCGACGUGGUGCCGCUCGUCAAGCUCCUCACACUCGACGUCAUCUGCGAAACUGCAAUGGGAGUCAAGAUGAACGCUCAAAAUGAUGCAAAUUCAGCCUACGUACAAGCUGUAAACGAGAUCACAACAAUUACCGCGAGGCGCGCGCUUCGGCCGUGGCUGCACCUAGACUUCAUAUUUUAUAUGACAACACCUGGUCGCAGAUACAAGAAGUGUUUAGAAGUGCUACAUGGAACAACUGAUAGGGUAAUUAGGGAAAGAAGAGAAGAACUACUGAAAAUGGGCAAGGACCAUGAUCACUCUGCAAUGGAAAUCGACGACAUUGGUUGGUUGAAAAAUCAAGAAAACAAUCUAUAUCGCCAUACAUUAAUUACUGGUCACGACACAACAGAGGCUGCUAUUUCCUUCGCCAUUUAUCUGUUGGCGUGCCAUUCCGAUGUUCAAGAAAAAGUCCUGGAAGAGCUGAAAAGUGUGUUCGACUGGUCGCAGCCUCUACAGCCGACAAUUCAACAGCUUGGAGAACUAAAGUACUUGGAAAUGGUGAUUAAAGAGGCUCUUCGACUGUAUCCGCCUGUGGCUGCGAUACUCCGAGAUAUUACGAAUGACGAAAAACUUCCUUCGAGUCAGCGAUUCGCCAUGCUGGAGAUGAAGAGCGUGCUUGCCAAGGUAAUCUGGAAUUUCGAGAUGUUUGUGGAACCAGGAUUUACAGCUCUUCCAGGUUGGAAAAUCAUCCUGAAAUCUAUUAAUGGAGUACGAAUUCGACUUGAAGAUAGGCGUACAAAAUAUGUAAAUACUGGCGAAAAAUGGCGGUCUCGACGCAAGGCGCUGACGCCCACUUUCCACUUCCGCAUCCUGGAGCAGUUCGCGCCCGUCUUCCUCAGCUGCGGCGACGAGUUCGUGCGGCAGCUGCGGAAGCGCGCGGGCGGCGACACCUUCGACGUGGUGCCGCUCAUCAAGCUCCUCACACUCGACAUCAUCUGCGGAUCACAUCGAUUACCGCGAUUCGCGCCCUUCGUCCGUGGCUGCAUCUAGACUUCAUAUUUUAUAUGACAACAACUGGUCGCAGAUACAAGAAGUGUUUACAAGUGCUACAUGGAACAGCUGAGAAAGUAAUUAAGGAGAGAAGAGAAGAACUACUGGAGAUGGGCAAGGACUCUGCAAUGAACUCUGCAAUUGAUGUCGACGACAUUGGGCGGCGGCGGCGCGUGGCGUUUCUGGACCUGCUGCCUGCUGGCGUAAUCUUGACGCAGUGUGGUGCGCAAUGCCGCAAGGACGGGCGGUGGCGGCGUGCCAUUCCUGGACUGCGGGUCAAGACACAACAGAGGCUGCUCUCUCCUUCGCCAUCUAUCUGUUGGCGUGCCAUCCAGAUGUUCAAGAAGAACUCCUGGAAGAGCUAAAAAGCGUGUUCGACUGGUCACAACCUCUACAGCCGUCAAUUCAACAGCUUGGAGAACUGAAGUACUUGGAAAUGGUGAUUAAAGAGACUCUUCGAUUGUACCCGCCUGUGCCAGUUGUUGUUCGUGACAUAACAAAUGACGAGAAACUUCCGUCGACGGGUCACUUGAUCCCCGAAGGCGCCGUAAUGCUCAUCUGCCCCUGGGCAGCGCACCGCAACCCGGAAGUGUACCCGGACCCGGAGAAGUUCGACCC